GCCCUGCCUAACGCCUGCGACUCCGAUUUGACUGCUGUUUUGUCCAUUCUAUCGAUUUCAGUCUUCUUAUUGUGAUAUACGCCAGAAAGUACUGUGAUUCACAAACGUAAUCUUCGAGUAAACAUAAAAAAAUGUUUCCUGAAAGAUAUAUCAUUUGCAUUUUUCUCAUUUUGCUGACGAUUUCGUUAGGUUAUGCAGGCAGUGGAAAUUAUGCGUUUGCCAAAGUCGAGAGCUGCAGAGGUUGCUCCUUGAACUCUCUUCCGGACGUAAAAAGCUUUAUUUUCAAUGAUUUACCAUUAUAUGAAAACGCUGAGUUUAAGCCAAUCCAAGGAGCAAAACCCGAACUCGUACUUCUAGACGACAAAAACGAGGAAGUAGAGCGUUUAGCACUUUCGCAAUUAACCCGUGAAGAAUGCAAUGAAUUAAUGGUAUCAAAGGGGUUUACGAAGAAGCCAUUGAGAGAUGAAGUUUAAAUUUUAAGCAGGGCCGAGUUUUUUUAUUUCUUUUUAAUCUCUAUAGUUUUAAAACAGCAAUAAUAUUCAUUAUUAAAUUACAUCGCACAAGUUGUUUAAUUAAAUUUAAGAAAAAAGUUGGAAUGUUAAUUAGGUACUUUAUCUAUGUACUUCAAUAUGUACUUGAAAUAUCAAUGUAUAAUAAUAUUAGAUACAGUUUCAGGGUUUUAUAUUUGGUAUGGAAUAGUAUUAAUUAAUUAAUUUAAAUAUAUCUAAUUUAAAUUUAAUCCACACAGCACAAUUAUUCAAUUUAUCUACAUGUAAUUACUAGAUUGCACAAUUUGAAUAUAUUGUUCCAGCAUAUUGCAGAGCACAAAUUGAUGAAUUUAAUAACAAAAAGACGAGGACAUUUCUUCUCGCCUUCCAUAGAGCUACUACCUGUGAUAUAUAAUCGCUAGAAUCACAACCAGAUUGAUUUAUGUAUUUAGAUUACACUUUUUUGUUGUAAUUUUCCUAUUAUAAACUAAAAACAUGAUUUAAAUAACCAAUGAUCAUAGAAAUAUCUUGGAAAGUUUCUUUUAAGUAGUUUUUAAAAGAUACUUUUGUACACAUCCACUUAACAGUUAUUCAUACAUUUUGUACUCUUAUUUAGAAGUGCUGUGAACUUUAUGUGAAAUAAAAAAAUGCAAAUAUUCGACAU